AUACUUGUCAUUCUUUUGCAAUUCUUCCACGCUGUUGGCAUAGGAGCUUUUUCUAAUUAAAUCAUAAAAUGCGAGCAAUUUUAUUUUAUAAAAUAAAUGUGAAGUUUUAUUCUAACAUGUUUCAUUAUUGAAUUAUAAUCAAACAAUCAUAUAUUUGUUUAACAACUUUAGAGAUGGAAGAGGAUUUAUCUGAACAUGUUGGUGAUAAUGGAGACAUAUUUGGACACCGGUUAAAGCAAUUGACUGACGAUGAGAGGAAUCGUUUGGAAAGCCAAAACAACCGUUUGAUCCCCGAAGCUAAAGCUGCGAAAUUAGAGCGAGAAGCCAGGCGACACUGGGAUAUCUUCUACAAACGAAAUGAAACCAAAUUUUUUCGCGAUCGCCAUUGGACUACACGUGAGUUUCAAGAACUCAUAAACUUUGAUCCAGAACAGCGAAUUGUAUAUUUAGAGCUGGGAUGCGGCGUUGGAAACAUGGUGUUUCCGUUAGUUGAAGAAGCUUUCUCUAAUUUUUACUUUUACGCUUGUGAUUUUUCACCACGUGCUGUGGAGUUCGUGAAAUCAAACAAACUAUACAAUGAGAGUAAAAUGAAAGCGUUUACAGCGGAUUUGACAACGGAUGAUUUAUUUGACAAUAUAUCUGAAGGGAGUGUGGAUAUAGCUAGUUUAAUUUUCGUUUUGUCGUCGAUUCAACCGGCCUCGUGGGCCCAAGUGGCUCAGGUGGCGUUUCGCGCGCUCACACCGGGCGGCAUUCUAUUGUUCCGGGACUACGGCAGAUAUGACAUGGCCCAGUUGCGUUUCAAACCUGGACAUAAAAUAGCUGACAAUUUCUACAUGAGACAAGAUGGCACGAGGAGUUACUACUUUACAGAAGAAGAGCUUGAAAAACUAUUUGUAGAGGCCGGCUUUGAGAUAGUUAUGAACACAUAUGUGCAACGUCGCACUGUCAAUUUCAAAGAAGGCAUUGAUGUGCCUCGCAUCUUCGUCCAGGGAAAAUAUAGAAAACCAAUUGCCAAUGGUUAAAAUCUACCUGGGAAACUGCUGGAAUGAAAUACAUGGAACAGUUGGUAAUACAAACAUCAGGAUGAAACUGAAUAAGCAAGGCCUACAUCUAAUUAGAGUUGAAAAGCGGAACAGAAGCUAAAAAGUUCAAUGUCAUUGAAACUACAAGGCGUUCAGAAAAGGUACAUUGCGAGAGCUUUACUCUACAUCGCAGAAGCUAUGUCGAGUUUUAUCAGUCAUGAGGUACAAUUGGCCUAUUUGACCAACCCGGUUGCAGCAUGAAAAGGUAAUUACUAUGAAAUAAUAAAAUAUUGAAAUAUUUACAUUAUGAUAUAUUUGCAGACACUUUCUAGUCAAAUAAACUGUCAAUACCAAAUGUAGUCCAUGCCAAGAAGCAACAUAUAUUGUUAUUACUUUACUCUGUUUUCAAAUGACAUUGUACAUAAUAAGUAUAUUACUACAUAUUCGCAUAAGAAAAGAACUGAUCCACAUAAUACAUCAUACACGUGUCCAAUUAUAGC